AGCAACCAUCGAUUCCUUGUGACAUUGGGCCCAUUUCAUUGGCUAAAAAUGUAUAACUUUAAAUGCUUCUGUCUUGUUAAUUAUUAACUUCUCGAAAAAAAAAAAUGUGUAUUAUAUUCGUCAUGAGCAUGCAAAACUACAUCAGUGUGGAAAAUUUGAAAGCAUUCUAUGAAGAAUUUUAAAAUCUUCAAGUGGUUGGAAGAAAAGGCAAAAGACGCGAUGUAGUGAGCCACGAAAUUUUGAAAAAUCACCUGAACGAUUGGUUUUGAGCAACAAAAGACAGGGGAAACUACUUCGAGAUGAAAAUUUAUUAUAGUAAAAUGAUAAUGCAGCAGUAUUGCAGAUGAGUAGACAUAAAAAUUUAGCAUACUUAGAAAAUAAAGUAAUGAGUUGUAUCAUGAGCUUGCCAAAAUAAUUCAUAUUCGAUUGAAUAUUUAAUUAUUUUGGUGCUUUCUUCGUUUCGUUAUAUCUUUCCGAUCAGCUUUUUAGUGCUCACUGAAUUCAAUUGAUUACCUCCUGACACUAAAGACUUAAGAACGAAAGAUAACUAAUAAUAAAAAUACGGCUGGAAUUAUCGUCUUCUCUUUUCGUCGACUUAAAGAUGUAUGAAUCUAAAAUCAUGUUUAGUAUGUUAUGAUUGUAAUUAUAACGAAUAAAAUACAAUAAGACGGGAAUGUCUCACCAGUGAUACAUCAAGGAAGGAAGGAAGGAAUGAAAAAAUAUGAAAGACUGAAGAAUGAUAUUAUGUUAUGUAGUCGGUUACAUCACCAUUAGAAAACAUAACGAAAUGAAUUAUAUUUGUAUUUAAUGAGCACUAAAUUGACACUAUGGAGGAGAAAGUGUGUGAGAGUCAGGUUCAUGAUGAAACACAACCCAAUAGUAAAAUUGUAUCUCAUUUGACACAAAGAAAAAUACGACAAAAACCAUACACCUGUGACAUCUGUUUUAAAGCAUUCUCUCAGAAUGGACUUUUGACUAAUCACAAACGGAUUCACACAGGUGAAAGACCAUAUCAGUGUGAUAUCUGUGGUAAAACAUUCCCACAGCGUAAUAAAUUAACAAGCCAUAAAGCUAUUCAUUCAGGUGAGAAACAUGACUGUGAUAUUUGCAGUAAAUCAUUCUCUCGGAAAGAAUACCUAGCGCUUCACAAACGUGUUCAUACAGGUGAGAAACCAUAUCACUGUGAUAUCUGUGAUAAGUCAUUCUCUCGGAAGGAACAUUUAACUCUCCACAUACGUAUUCACACAGGUGAGAAACCAUAUCAUUGUGAUAUCUGUGAUAAAUCAUUUGCUCGAAAGGAAUUAUUGAUUAGCCACAAGCGUAUCCAUACAGGUGAGAAACCAUAUCGCUGUGAUGUUUGUGGUAAGACAUUCUCCCGGAAAGAUCAAUUGAUCAGACACAUACGUAUUCAUACAGGUGAGAAACCAUAUCACUGUGAUAUUUGUGGCAAAGCAUUCUCACACAAGAGCAACUUAACUCUGCAUCAACGUACUCGCAUAUGUGAGGAAGCAUACAACUGAUAUCUCACAUAAGACAGCAUUUUAAAGUGCCAAUAGAAUUUUUCCUACACAAAAUGUUAAUUUCAGAACAAAGUUUAAAUUGUAAUAAUAAAAUACUUUAUAAAGUAAUGUACGAUUCCUCUGAUUGGCUACAUCAACAUCAUCAUCUCACCCUCCCCAUCAUAAGCUCAAUUGCACUUAAUAUUGUAUGUAAGUUUUAUACAUUCAAUACACCAUCUUCAGUUUCUUUUCCAGCCUCAGCACACUUUCCACAUUCAUGUUCCAAUGCAACAUCAUACUUAUACCUAUUUCAUGCAAUUAGUUUUCUCAAAAAGUCCUCUGUUGUCCACAAAUGUUUCCUUACUUUUUCUUAACUAUUGAGCUAUUAUUACAAUGACUAAUUGCACACAGUUUCUAUCACUUGUGUAGCAAAGCCUAUUUGAAAGCAAUCCUUUUCGUGUAUGCCCCUGUUGAUAAUAUUUGAUCCCUCUAAAUUUCUGAAUACUAAGGUAGCUUUGAACUUUGCUACUUUGACCAGAUGUCUUGCAAACAACUCGCACAUGCAAGUGCUACCAGUCGAGAACUCUGCAUACC